GUUCGACAUGCUGCACUACGAGCUGUUACUGAUGCUCGAGAAGAAUUGGCAUCUAUGACAAACGAAUCAAUACCACAGGGUGUGGAUGCAACACUCCUGGACAACCUUUCUUGUGCUAUUUUGACUGCUGUACAUCCAAAUCACUCGCAGGACCGGACAGUCCAAUACGGCGGACCCGACAUUUCUUUUCACGAAAACCGAGAUACUUGCUACUCUCGUCUCAUCCUUGCCCUUGCACAGAAUGACAAGUGGCAUGAACGUCUGGCCCACGAUGGUCAUUUCGAGCGUUGCAUUUCUCUAGCCGAGGACGCCUUUGAACGUUCAACUUGGGUCCCCGGAUGCUACCUUGCUGGGAUCUUCACACAUAUCAAGCCCUUACAUCAUGCUCUUCCUUUCAGCCCUACCCAGGAAAGAUGGCAGGCAUUCAUCAGAGGACAAUGGAAGUCCGCACACCGUUAUAUGUGGCAUGACAUCAGCGCACUACCAGCCCUCGUGGUGGCAACGAGGCAGUAUUCAAUAAGCUGGAAUUCUAGCGCUGACGAGGAUUUAGCAGAACUCACUAAAGACGUGCAUGGAGCUUUGGAAUCAUUUUUUUCUGUGAUUGUUUAUGGUCUAGAUCAGGCUCUAUUUGAUGCUGCCCUGUUAUCUGUACAGGGCUUGUAUGACGAUUUGCACCGUAUGAUCGAGAACUCAAACACUUUGCAUACAGACAAUGGGUCUUUGGAGUCUUGAAGACAAACCGUUAUGCAGCAGUAUCAUAUAUCCUAUGGGGUUAGUAUAUUUAUGCCUUAACU